AUGUCAUUCAUGAGUGGCUCUGGGUCGGGUGUCACGAUGGCUUUUGUGAACCUGGAUAUCAAAUGGGCCGAAGAGAACGGCAAACAUGGCACGACGGCCCUCGCUCGAAGCUGGUCGAGCCUUUUAGAAAAUGGAGGAGUGAAGGUGCAAGUCUAUGACACAGACCCUGGCAGCAUCCUCAUCGUGAAUCAGAACCCGAUGAACAAUCUGAAGAUCAAAGAGUUUGUCAUGGCACAGCCUCAUGUGGACUACUAUGAGCUGAACCAGCGCCGCUCCUACCCUGACGGGCGGACGGCUCCGAUUGUGCCCGACGCCGAGCGCAAGGAGCGCAUCGCCCAGAUCCCCGGGCGGCUUGGCGACCGGCGGCCGGAGCCGGUGCGGAAGCCGGCGCCAACGGCCAAGACAGGCGAGACGGUGGAGCGAUGGGAGAGACCUGGUGACGGUGUUUUGGAGGGCUGGUGGAAAUCCUCUUUCCUCUUGCUUGCGCAGGUGGAGCAGUUGGAGCUCCGAGUGCAAGAGCUGCAGGCCGAGCUUUUGGCUUCGCGCACGGAACGCUCGGAGGAGCUACAGGAGCUCCACGCCAUCGUGGACGCCCAGGAGGCGGUGCCCGAGCCGCCUGCGGAGCCGGAGGAAGGCGAGGCACCGCUGCCGCCGCCGCCGAGGAGGAGUCGGGGUGAGAGUGGGCCGAGCACAGGCUCUGGCGCUCGUCCGAAGCGGAGCUCCCACCCAAGCACCGCUUCCGGCUAUGGAAAGACGGUGGAGUCUUCUCGCGAGCAGCGCGAGCAGCGCGAGCAGCGCGAGCGUGAGCCGCCUCGGGGCUCAGGCAGCAUGAGCACGCCGGGUCUUCGAAGUGGGAAGCUGGAGGUCCGCAAGGAGAAGAGCGAGCCCAAUUCCAGGAGCGAGGCGGAGGUGGAGCUGGUCAAAGCGGUGCGUCUAUGGCAAUGGGGGCGCUUCGGAAUGAGCAAGGUGCUGGCCCGAUUUUGGGCACGCAGAUAUGGUAGAGGUCGAGGUUUCACUCCUGGUCCACCUGGUGGCCAUGUCUGGAGACAUGGGCUUUUCUGGCUCCUUUGGAGUUUCACGUCCGUGGCGGCCACUCCGACGGUGGUCUACGUGCGAGUCCAAGCGGCCUCGGGGGAGACCACUGUGGCGGCCAAUGAGACCGUCGAGGACGUGCGGCUGGAUUCAGAGGUCCGUCUCAUUUUUGAUGAAGAUAUCAUCUUGCAUUCUGACGGCAAGGCAACCCUUUGGGACGGCACUAGCUACAGCAGCUACUCUCAAGGAGCUGGACUAGUGAUCCCUGCAGCAGAUCCCUCUCACCUGGUGCUGAACGAAGGCAACGCGGAUGCCAAUUUCCUCACGGAGUUUGUGGCGUAUUACCUCCGCCUGGAUCCCAACACCGUGCGGAGCGCCUCGGAUGGAUCUGCCUCCGUGACCUUCGAGUACUCCUUCUCGACUGGAGACUUUACUGCUCCAAUUCUUUCGUCUGUUUCUCCUUCCUACAGCGAGCCCAGUGCUCUGCCGGGCGUCGCGCCCAUCCUGACCUUCUCGGAGUCCAUCAGUGCAGCGGCCGAUACGGCCAAGGUCAUCAGUAUUCAGAACCUCUACACUGGCCUAAGCUCUGUCCUCACCUGCCGAAGCAAUUCAGUGGUCAUUGAAGAUAGCCGAGUCAGCAUCAAUUCGGGUGGCUUUAUUACCUAUUGCCAGCGCUACGAGGUCACCUACAGUGCAGGCUGCUUUCUUGAUGUGUCCCCUUCAGAAAAUGCCGUGGCAGCGCUUUCCAGCGGCACUUAUACCUUCGAGACCUCUUGCAUCACCUCGCUCAACCCUCCGAGCGAUGUGGAGACCUUGGCUCUCGACGGAUCCCUACAACUCACCUUCAGUGAAGCAGUUCAGCGCGGCACGGGGAGCAUCAUUUUGCUUCCCCUCAGCUUUGCUGAUGAGUACCGAGCCAUCCCAAUCCAUGACACGACACAGGUGUCCUUCGAUACAGCAAUGACGACGAUGACCAUCAUACCAAAUGAUCCCUUGCUUGCCUCGAGUGUGGCACAAAGCAACUGGUGUCGCAUCAACGCGAUGUCACUGAAUGACUGCAAGGGCCAGACGUGGGACAUCACCAUCGGAAGCUCCGUCCUACAACGCGUGACACCGACCACCUUGCUGGCGCAAGUGGAUCUGCUGCAACCUCUCCAAGCUGCUGGAUCAGCAGGACAGACCUAUAGGGUUCGAACCAAAGCAGCAGACGUGACGCCGCCAGUGAUCACGAUGGUCUCCACCCACGGCACCUCCGAGUCCUCGAUCCGCGUGACGCUGCGCCCGGGCACCGAGAGCGGAGUGAAGGGAUGUCAAAAUGAUGGCUGGGAGUGGAAGAUGUUGACAGCUUUAAAGCUGUACUUGGGAGAGGACGGCGCUGGUGGGCAGAAGCUCGGGGUGACCUUGGCAGAGAUCGGAACCUCCUUUUCCAGCAGCGCUGUUUUCAGUUCUUCUUGGGGCUAUGCUGAAAUGGACAUUGAUGUGACCGAUCUCGUCGCGAAGACCUACUACAACGUCUUUUGCUACGCCAAGGACCUGGAAGCGCCGGCGCCCAACGUCGUCACGGUGGGCGCGGCCCUGGCGACGCGCCAGCGGGUGCGCAGCAUGGACACCACGGCGCCCAGCUCGUCGAACUGCUCCGCACAGGCCGUGGCUGGAAGGGAAGAUGCCAUUGAGGUGACAUUGACGUUGGAUGAACCGGGCACUGCCUACUGCGCUCUGGUGCGUUCAGGGCUGGUGGCGCCGAGCCACUACGUGGUAACGGCUGCAGGCUUCAAAGCCAAUACGUCCUUCUAUCCACCCUACGAUGCCUCCAUGGUGGUGGACAUGUCUUCGGGUUCUACUGGACUGGCGCCACUGACGCGCGGGACGGACUACGACAUCUUCUGUCGGCGGAUUUCAUUCCAUACCGUCAUUUUUCCAGGCAACGGGCAAGGCGUCCCGCUGCAGUGUGGUCCCCCGGGGGCGGUGGGUGUGGUCCGUACUUUGGACCUCACCCCACCCCAGAUGUCCAUCACUGAUGUGGAGGUGCAGCCUGACUCCUUGUCCUCCGACUUCGAAGCGCUCAUCAAAGCGCAGUCGAGCAACUGCACGGACUCUUUUGGCAACGAGUGUGGCAGCUUUUGGGUCUAUGAUCUGGACGACCUGGAAGACUCUGCCGCUGAUGGAGCGGACUUCGACCACAGCAAGUGGAAGUAUCAAGAAGAUGUGUCCAUCCUUCUACUGAAUCUGGAAGAGGUCCGUGUCUCAAAAGGUCCAGCCUUCCUUGAGCAACAGCCUUCCUAG